GGACGAUCCACAUCUCAAUUGCCUCAGUCAACCUCGAAAACUUUUUGGAAGCCAUGGGUAAAUCCUCCAAGGACAAGCGCGAUGCCUACUAUCGGCUGGCGAAGGAGCAGAACUGGCGCGCCCGCUCCGCCUUCAAGCUGAUCCAGAUCGACGAGCAAUUCGACCUCUUCGAGCACGAGAACCCGGAGAAGGUGACCCGGGUGGUCGAUCUGUGUGCCGCCCCCGGUAGUUGGAGUCAGGUUCUGAGUCGAGUGCUGAUAAAGGGCGAGAGUUUCGGGCGACGCGCCUGGGUCGAGAAGAAACGGAGGGAGAAGGAGGCGCUUGAGCAGAUUCAGAACAAUGAUGGCAGCAGCAGCAGCAGCAGCGAGUCGCAAUCGGCGAAUGAGACGACGACCACCGAAGAAGAGGAGCUGAAGCCGCGCAAGAACGUCAAGAUCGUCUCGAUUGAUUUGCAGCCCAUGGCUCCCUUGGAGGGCAUUACGACCCUCAAAGCCGACAUCACCCACCCCUCCACCAUCCCACUUCUCCUCCGGGCUCUGGACCCCGAAGCCUACGAAUCCACCACCACCACGGAAGAACCCUCGAACACAACCACCACAACAAACUCCUCCCCGUCUACAACUCCCGCCCCAACCGCCCUCCGACCCCCCCACCCCGUCGACCUGGUCAUCUCCGACGGCGCCCCCGACGUAACCGGCCUCCACGACCUCGACAUCUACAUCCAGUCGCAACUCCUCUACUCAGCCCUGAACCUCGCGCUGGGCGUUCUCCGCCCCGGCGGCAAGUUCGUCGCCAAGAUCUUCCGCGGCCGCGACGUCGACCUGCUGUACGCGCAGCUGCGUACCGUCUUCGAGAAGGUCAGCGUCGCCAAGCCGCGCAGCAGCCGCGCCAGCAGUCUGGAAGCCUUUGUCGUCUGCGAGGGGUUCAUCCCUCCUUCCAUCCACGACGGGUUGAAGGGCAUGGACGCCCUCAAGAACCCCGUCUUCGGUGGCGUUGCUGUCCCUGCUACUCUUACUCCCGAUGGCAGUAACGUCGCGGUGGAGGUCGUCGCAGACGAGGAGCCCACGACGCGGCAGCCCGUGCCAGUCACCCACCCCGCCCCCGUCAACACCACCCUCACGACCCACAACACCACGGCGCGGCUCCUCCACCCCGACUCGCAGGCCAGCUCCGAGGCGCCCCAGCAGCAGCAGCCCCUGGCUCUUAAGCCCCUCAACGAAAAGUUCAGCAGCGAGAACCGCUGGAUUCCGCGGUUCAUCGCCUGCGGCGAUCUCUCGGCCUGGGACUCGGACGCCUCCUACGCUUUGCCCCCGGAUCAUGUCAGCCUUGACCCUGUGCAGCCGCCUACGGCGCCGCCAUAUCGGCGGGCGUUGGAGUUGCGGAAGGAGAAGGGUGGUGCGUAUGGGAAGACGAAACUGGGGGCUAUGGGUCGAGCUUAAAAAGCAUGCUCGGAAUAUAGAUUUUUGUUUUUGUACGCGGGGAUGGAGUCUUUACGGCUGGUCUGUGUGGUAUGUAUGUAUGUAUGUAUGUAUGUUUAUGGUUUUGCUAUGAUGUCUGUUCUGUGUUUAUAUAUUUCCUGUUACUAUGGCUAUGAGUGAGGAUGAGGUUUGUCUGGCUGGAUGGGAGAGUUUCUGUUGGAAGAGGGGAAAGUGUGUGGUCAGGGAAAAAGGGAAAACCUGGAAAAGAUGGAGACAGACUUAGAUAUACCCCAUAGAUUUACAAAAGAUGGUCGCUUUUGUCCCGG